GCAUCUCGGUAAUGGUGUCCGAUAAAAGCGACUUGCAUAAUGCCCGGUUCCCCCCCCCACCCACACGCACACACACACACACACGAGAAAUGAGAUGUCCGAAAUGUUACGAAUCUGACCGAGUUCGCUGCUUUGCUUACGAUGAGCUUUGGCGUUUGGAGUUUAAUGGGAUACAGGCAGUUCUUACGAUUCGGAGCCUGGGCGGAUUACUCUAGGGGAGUUGCUUAUUACUGGCUGGCUGUAUUAAUAGAUGUUGGAGGUCGAUGUACCGGCCUUGCAUUGCUCUGGGGCAUCUGGUUGGUCACUCGUUGGCCUCGAGGGGCAUUGCUAUUACGAUCAGAUGUAUAAUACCUUCAGGUGUAGCAAAAAUGGAAAAUGCCUGGCAAA